AGUGAGGGGUGCGGCCUUGGAGGGGCAGAGGCUGAACCGCCCUGCUCGCCGCGCAUCCUCCCCGCCUCCGCCGCAGCGCCGGCCCCCGCCAGAUUCCCGGCCGAGCAGCAGGAGGGAGGACGCCGACUCCGCUACAGGAAAGUGAAUGAACUUAAUUGAGAAUGUCUGAAAACCUUGACAAGUCCAAUAUAAAUGAAGAAGGAAAAUCAAAAUCAAAUGAUUCUGAGCAAGGCCUUGAAGAUGCUGUGGAGGAUUCUGAUGAAGCUUUACAGAAAAUAAAGUCGGGCUCUCCUAGCACCCAAAGAGUGCAAAGACCUCACUCUAGUCCUCCUCGAUUCGUGACAGUAGAAGAACUUCUAGAGACAGCAAAAGGAGUCACUAACAUGACCAUAGCCCAUGAAAUUGUCAUAAAUGGAGACUUUCGGAUUAAACCAGUUGAAUUACCAGAAGACAGCUUGGAGAAGAAAGUAAAGGAUAUUGUACAUAAAGCUUUUUGGGAUUGCUUGAGUGUCCAGUUAAGUGAAGACCCCCCAACUUAUGACCGGGCCAUCAAGCUCGUUGGUGAGAUUAAAGAGACGCUCUUAUCUUUCUUGCUGCCUGGUCACACCAGACUGAGAAACCAGAUAACAGAAGUCUUGGAUCUGGAUCUGAUAAAGCAGGAGGCAGAGAAUGGGGCCCUGGACAUUUCCAAGCUGGCAGAAUUCAUUAUUGGCAUGAUGGGGACACUGUGCGCACCUGUUCGAGAUGAGGAAGUGAAGAAACUAAAGGACCUUAAGGAAAUAGUGCCCCUUUUCAGGGCAAUUUUUUCCGUGUUGGACCUAAUGAAAGUGGACAUGGCAAACUUUGCUGUCAGUAGCAUUAGGCCACAUCUCAUGCAGCAGUCAGUUGAAUAUGAAAGGAAGCAGUUUCAAGAGUUUUUGGAGAAGCAGCCAAAUUCUCUGGACUUUGUCACCCAGUGGCUGCAAGAAGCCGCAGAUGACCUUAUGAAUCAGAAGUGUAGAAAUGCCCUGCCGGCUGUGGGAGAGGCCUCUGGCUCUGGGGACGGUCCCGGGCCAGAUCCUGUUGCUGUCCAGAAUUAUGCAUACCUGAAGCUUCUGAAGUGGGACCACCUCCACAGACCUUUCCCUGAAACAGUUUUGAUGGACCUUUCUCGCUUCCAAGAGUUCCAGCUCCAGCUGGAGCAGCUGACCGUCCUGGGGGCCGUAUUGCUGGUCACGUUCAGCAUGGCAGCCCCAGGAAUUUCCAGCCGGGCCGACUUCGCUGAGAAACUCAAGAUGAUCGUGAAGAUUCUGCUCACAGAUAUGCAUCUGCCCUCCUUCCAUCUGGAGGAUGCCCUGACUACCGUUGGGGAGAAAGUCUGCCUGGAGGUGAGCAGCUGCCUUUCCCUGUGCGGGUUCAGCCCCCUCACCACGGACAAGGAGGCCGUGCUCAAGGGCCAGAUCCAGGCCGUGGCCAGUCCUGACAACCCCAUCCGCAGGAUCGUGGAUUCCCGAGUCCUGACCUUCUUAGAAACCUACCUUGUCUCCAGUCAUCAGAAGCCAUUUCCCACAGCCCCAGGGGGAUUAGGUCCCGUUCAAACAGAGCUGGAGGAAGUUGCCAUUAAGUUCGUGCGCCUGGUCAACUAUAACAAGAUGGUCUUCAGUCCCUACUAUGAUGCGAUCCUCAGUAAGAUCCUUGUCAGACCCUAACGCCUGUGCUCCCUACAGCAGCAGUGUUACCCACUGGACCUGUUCUCAGCUGUAGUGUUGCUUUGGAAAAUAGCUGCUUAGUACAUUUCUGUUUAACAGCACUGAUGCCAAAAGGAAGAAUAUUGUGUAUCACUGUUGAAAAGACUUGUUGAAAAAUGUACCUAAUUCU